CGUCAAGUCUUUAUGUUUCUGACUCAAAGGAGCGAACAUUAGAAGUCUCGUUCCGUGUUAAUCACGGGGAAAAUUCAUAUAUGGUUUACGCCAGCACUGAGAGCUUGAAGUGUUUUGAAUGUGGAGACCUGGGCCAUAAACGCUUCGUGUGUCCACAUAAAGAUGACCAGCGUGCGUCCACAUCGCAUAAGGAUGUGACUAUUACUGACCAACAAACUAAAGAAAGUGAUGAACAGAGACUUGAUGGGCAGGAUAAAGUGACCACAGAGGAGGGCAAGGUGCAAGAGGGACUCUGAGCCAAGUGCUAUUAGACUGAUGUUCAACUGCUCUGAUAAAGCCUUCGGCAGAAGUCUAAGCAAUUUGAGUGACUCUAGAAGAGGGUGGAAAAUCAAUCUCACUCUUGUGACCAUUAUAAGGAAGGGCAUUCUCCACUUCUUGGAUGCAGAGAGGGACGUGUCCAUUAUAAAGAGCAGUUUUAAACCAGGCGAUACCAUCCACUACGUUCUGGACAGACGCAAGACCUUUACCAUGUCUAACACCCUGCACAGUUUACUUCCUGAAGUGUCUCCUCUGAAAAACAAGAGGUACAAAACAUGUGCUGUGGUGGGAAAUUCAGGCAUUCUCCUCAAGAGCGGAUGUGGAAAGGAAAUAGACAACCAUGAUUUUGUUAUACGAUGUAAUCUUGCUCCCCUGGAUGAGUUCACUGAUGACGUGGGUUUAAGGUCAGACUUCACCACCAUGAACCCCUCUGUGAUCCAGCGGGUAUAUGGAAGCUUGCGGAACGAAAUGGAUAAGAAGCGUUUCAUACUGCGUUUACAGCAGCUGAAUGACAGUGUGCUCUGGAUCCCUGCUUUCAUGGUGAAGGGUGGCGAGAGGCACGUGGAGGGUGUGAACAAUCUCAUUCUCAAGCACAAAUUGAAAUUACGCACUGCCUAUCCAUCACUUCGACUUAUUCAUGCCAUACGAGGAUACUGGCUUACAAACAAGAUCUAUAUCAAACGACCCAGCACUGGAUUAUUGAUGUACACCAUGGCUACACGUUUCUGUGAGGAGAUCCACCUGUAUGGAUUCUGGCCUUUUCCUAAAGAUGCCAACGGAAAUCCUGUUAAAUAUCAUUACUAUGACACACUGAAAUAUCACUAUUACUCUAGCGCAAGUCCCCACCGCAUGCCCUUGGAGUUCAAAACUCUUACAGCACUGCACAGCAAGGGUGCGCUAAAACUGACUACCUCUAAAUGCUACCUCUAAGUGCAGCCCAUGGAGACUCUGCAUUCUUACGCAACUUUGCUAGGUCACAGAUUGAUGUGGUGAAUUUUUAAAGCUUUGAUGACUGUGAAAUUUCCAGAUGAAGGCACACAAAGUAAAACUGUGUAAAAUAAAGAAUGUUCUGGGUUCAAGUUAAACUCAAACAACAGCAUUUGUAUUGAAAGGGUGUGUAUUCUGCGAGUUCUGAUUGUUUUAUACGUUUUUUUGAUUGCUAAGACACAUUUCAUGACACAAUUUACAAGUUUCUUGAAAUUUUAAACAAUCUCAAAACUACAUAACAAUUCAACUCUUAAAAUCAUAUAUUUUACUCAAAAACGUUGAAGUGAAGUGAAGGUCUGGGAAAGUGAUGUGUGCCCCUUGAGGCACAGUUUACCUGCUAAUCUUAAGAUUCUUAAUUGAGCUGUAGGCAAGCAUCAAUACCUUGAAUUUGAUGCAACCAACCAUGGUUAUCAAGUGCAGUUUGAUGAAAAGGGGCAUCAGUUGUGCAUGUGCCUGCUGGAAGUCCUGCCAGAAGAGCAUUACAGUAGUCCAGAGUAGAUACAACUAGAGACUGGACAAGCAGACUUGCAUGCUCUGAUAGGAGGUGUGUGAUCUUCCUAAUCUUAUACAGAGCAAAUAUGUUUUAUCAGGCUUUUAUUGCAACAUGGUCUGUGAAGUUCAACUGAUUAUCAAACAUAAUCCAGAGAUUGGGGGUCCUGGGUAGCUCAGCAAGUAAAGAAGCUGACUACCAAACCUGGAGUCGCAAGUUCGAAUCUAGGAUGUGCUGAGUGACUCCAGUCAGGCUUCCUAAACAACCAAUUGGCCCAGUUGCUAGGGUGGGUAGAGUCACGUUGCUUAACCUCCUCGUGGUUGCUAUAAUGUGGUUCUCACUUUCAGUGGGCCUCGUGGUGAGAUGUGCAUGGAUGCCGCAGAGAAUAGCGUGAGCCUCCACAUGUGCUUGGUCUCCAUGGUAAUGCGCUCAAUAAGCCACAUGAAAAAAAUUAUUGUCUCAUACGUGGAGGCAACGGAGAUUCAGUGUAGUUGCACUAAAUCAGAUUACCACUUAACAUUUGUUGAAAUCCAUUUUCGAAAGCUCAUAAUCACCUCAAACAAAGCAAAUGAGUUCAUGCUUUGAUACCAUCCAUCCAUCCAUCCAUCCAUCGUCAACCGCUUAUCCUGUGUACAGGGUUGCGGGGGGCUGGAGCCUAUCCCAGCUAACAUUGGGCGAAAGGCGGGGGACACCCUGGACAGGUCGCCAGUCCAUCGCAGUGCUUUGAUACCUUAAAACAAUUUUGAGUGGUUGUGCUUUCUUAAUGUGAACAUGGUUAAGUACAAAAUUACAGUCUUUUUAUUUAGAAUUUUGCCAAAAUUAGUCAACAAACUAUGUGUAACCAUGAAUUGCUUUAAUAGUUUUCAGGAAUGUAUCUUUGUUUUGCGAGUUGAAGUAAUGGUUACGGGAAUUGGACAAAUAGAAUUAACAAGAAAUAAACAAGAAAAACUGUAAAUAAAGAAGGGACGAGUCCUUUAAUUAUUAUUAUAUAUAUUAUUAUUUAUUUUUUUCAUAAUAUAUCAAUAUAUUGAUAUUUGAAUCUGACAGUGAGGUUUCUUAAUGAUCAUUAAGAAACCUCACUCUCAGAUUCACCAUUUGUAAAAAUCUAUGUGAAUUUCAUAUAUAAAUAUACAAGUUUGCAUUCCCCCUUUUUCUAUAGUGGCCCAGGGGUGCACAACACAAAAAAUAUGAGCCAGAAGACAACGAAUUUAAGCCAAAAUACAAAAACAUUUAUAAAUACAGCAUUGAUAUAAAUAUUUUUUUUCUGAUUUUUUUCAAAAAAAACAAUGUCUUUAAGUGCUCUAAAAAGUGCAUACCUUGUUGGGUUUUUAACCAGUCUCUUCUUAUGUGUGCAACUCUCAUAGUUGUGAUCACACGGAUUCCCAAUUAUGUGGAUCUUUUUUUAAUCACACCUUUGUGUGUGUCAGAUGGCCUCUCCCUCUACUUGGCCUCUGCCUCUACUUACCUCAGAGUACCAGCAAUGGUACUCACCUUAACAUUAUAAGAGUGUAUUUUUCAAUUAAUUAGAAAAUAUGUAUUUUAAAUGUCAUCUGA